GUCACGGCGGCGUGCCGCCAUGUAACAUGUGCCCACCCAGACCACCACUCCACACUCCACUGCCUCACACCCACACCGCUACGCCGGCUGCAAGGCGGCAGUGCACACCUCGCCAAGCAAUCCUCUGCCCUCCCGCUCUCGCCGCCACCCGCGCCCGGCGGCCCAAGCGCGGACAGCAACGAAUGGCGAGAACCCUCGCGCGCGGUCGGCUCCUCCUCGUCGGCCUCGCCGUCCUGGUCCUCCACCACGCGGCGUGCGCCACGCCCGCAGCGGCCGCGCUCCGGGCGUCGGCCAUCUCCGCGGCGCCCGAGUACCCGCUCCCGCGCCUCCCCAGGCAGCACCACUCCCACUUGGCGCUCCCGCCGGCGCUGUCGCCGGACAUAAUGCCGGUGCUCCCCUCCCCCGCCGAUGACGGCGCGGCCGUGCCGCCGUCCGAAGCGGUGCCCACCAUCCCGUCCAGCCCGAGCCCGCCCAACCCGGACGCGCUCGAGCCCAACUCCGCGUUCGCGCCGUACGGCUACGCGCCCGCAGUCGCGGCGCAGUCCCCCGCGCCGGCUCCGCCCCGGGCCGCAGCGAGCGUGGCGUGGGCGCUCCCCGUGGGGCUGCUGGCCAUGUGGUUGGUGUAGUGGAGUGGGCGAGCCAUGGUCCUCAGGUCCUCGUGGAUGGGACACCAGCUGCUGAAACUGGGGCAGAGCAUGUCGCAGCCUUCAGGCGUGCAGGAAAAGUUGGCCAUUGGUUGGUUGGCUCUGCAGCCAUUUGCGCUCUUGUCCUUGUGAAGAAUUGUUACUUCGUUUCAUCAGUUUUUAGAUCCUCUCCUGUAAAUUUUACUUUUCUUUUCAUUCAUAUUUUUGGAGUAUGUUAUAGCCUUUCUGUUUUGUAGUCUUUGUUAUGUGGAGAUUUUUUUGGGUGAUUCUUGUAAUAAAUUUGGAGGCAUUAUAGUUGAUUGCUCAACUACGAUUUCUUAUGGAAAACUUAAAAUUGGAUCCAUUUUUGCUUGUUUCA